AUGGCAUCCAGUAAACCAAAAUAUCCACUGGGCUCUCCUCAAGAGCAUACUGAAAUGUGUAAAACCCAUGAUUUACCUAUUGAUGUUAUAUGUGAUGACUUCAAUGAAUUCAUUUGUGGUAAAUGUAUCAAAACAGAUCACAGAGAUCAUGACUGGAACACUGUACUCGCAGCAGCCACCCAAAGGAGGAGAGGUUUGAUAAAAUUUCUGAGGAAGAUCAAGGAGGAAGAAUUGCCAGGGAUUAAUGAGAAGCUAGAGAAGGUGUCAAAACAGAUCACAGAAAACAAAGAACUGUGUGACUCUGAGAUUAAAAGACUACAGAAGCAUUAUAAUGAGAUAAUGGCCCGGAUGACAAAUAUCAAGGAACAUAAGGAACAACAAUUUAGAGACAAUUUGAAGAAAAACAAUGAAAAGUUGGAUGUUGCACAAUCAGAGUUAAAUAAAAAGAAGAAAGAAAUUGCUGACAUAGUUAAGUUUUUGGAGGAAUACAACAGUACCAUGUCAGAUUACGGCUUCAUUGACAAUUACAGAGAACUGACACAACUGCUUUCUGGCCUGGAUGUUGAUAUGAAGAAUAGUACACCAUCAGUGAGAUACAGUACAGUGAUGCCGAAUCUGUCAGUCAGUGGACUACUGAAAUCAGAUCAUUUUGAAUUAGAGUUACACAGCAGACGUCUGGUGAGGCACAUCACAGUGACAUGUGAUGUCAUCCAUGAGUAUGAGUACCAGGAGGACGGUCAGACUAGACUUUUUACGUUGCCACGCAGCGUCACACAGAACAGCAAUAGUGAUAUCUGUGUUGUUAACCGUACAAAUUCCACUGUAGGUGAAUUAGUGAUUAUGUGUACUUCUGGUCGUGUAAAGUAUGUCUACCGUGGACAGAACCUGACAGAAGACUUUUGGCCAGGUAAUGCAGUUUGGGACUCGCUCUGUAACAUUCUCGUUCCUGACCUUAAUGAUAAACAGAUCCAUCUGCUGAGUCCUGUUGGUGAAUUUUUGAAGUAUUUACUGACAGAAAAUGAAGUGAACUGUCCAACCAGAUUAUCACUGUACAAGUCUACGCUGUGGGUGGGAAAUAUGGAAGGACUUGUCAAAGUGUUUCAGUACACAAUGUAA